AUGGAAUUCGAUAAUAUACCUCUUGAUAAUGAUUCUAAUAAUGAAAAUAAAAUUUUAUCAUCAUCAUUAUUAGACGAAAUAACUUGUGCAAUCUGUUUGGAUAUAUUUGAAGAACCAAAACGAACAUCAUGUUUACAUGUAGCUUGUCGUCGAUGUUUAGAAGAAUAUCAUCAUUCAUGUAAAAAUGAAAUGGAUAUUGCUACUUGUCCACAAUGUCGAGCAUCAUCAAUUCAUUUACCUAAUGGUGAUGCUAGUUGUCUUCCACCAGCAAUUGAUAAAGAACAACUUAUAAAAAUUUAUAGACAGAAACAAGAUAUCGAAAACAAACAUAUUGGUCAAUGUUCUUUGUGUCGAAUGGAUUCCGUUAAUCUUCAUGGUCGAUGCUAUCAAUGUCAAGAAAAUUAUUGUCAAACAUGUUAUGGAUAUCAUGCACAUUUUUUUCCAGCAUCAUUACAUCUAUCUCGUACAUUUGAUGAAAUUCGUCUUUUACCUAAAGUUCCAAUUCAAUUAGAGGAAACAAUAUCAUUUACAUGUUCAGAACGACAUAAUAAACGUCCAUUAGAAUUUUAUUGUACAAAAUGUUGUGAAUGUCUUUGUUCAGAAUGUCUUAUUGAUGAAAAUAUGUUACAUCAUCGACAACAAUAUCAUACAAUAAAACUUUUAUCACAAAUAGCACAAGAUAAUCGUUAUCAAUUAGAACGUCUCUAUGUAAAUAAAUUAAAAUCUAUUCAUAAAGAAUUAAAUGAAACAAUUGAUUUUAUAAGUAAAAUUCUUGAUCGUGAUCAACGAUUAUUUAUUAUAUUUGAUCAAUUACAAAAACAAGAAGAUAAAGUUAAUGAACUUGAUAAAUUAAUUCAAACAUUAGUUAAUCAUGCACAUGAUGUACAUGUUGUUUUAUAUGAAAAACAAGCUAGAGAUCAAUUAACAGAAAUUUUACAUGAAAGACCGCCAAGACCAAGACAAGGAUUUUUACUUAAUGGAUUAAGAUUUGAACCAGCAACAAACUCAAAACGUCUUAUGAAAAUAAUUUUACCAUUUGAAAUACUUCCAACAGUAAAUGAUCCUAUAGCUCAACAUGUUGAACAUGUUUAUCUUGAUUUUAUUCAAAUAAAAAAUCAAACAUAUUCAAAACCUGUCAUUGGUUAUCAAGUAUCAUAUGAACAAUCGGAUUCAACAUUUUUACGUCUAUUUGGUUCAUUUAUUCCUCAACAAAUAAAACAAUUUACAUGUUCACUUUAUUCAUAUUCAUAUGUAAAUAAACAAUUUAUAAAAGAAGAUACAAGUGAAUAUUUAUUUAAUUUUCCAAAAAAAUUUGAAAAUGAAAUAAAACAAAAAGUCAAACAAGAUAUAAUAACUUAUUCUGAUAAUGAUGAACAAAUAACAAUAAUAUAUGAUUUUAAAAUUGAUUGUUUAACAAUAAAACAAUUAAAUCUUAUGUUUGGUUUAUCUGUACAUGAAAAAAAACGAGAAAAUUUUCUUGGUUAUGAUUUACAAUUAACAUCCAUACAUAUACGUUUAUUAUCAAAUAAAGAAAAAUUACUUAUUUGUGGUUUAAAAUCUAAUAAUAAUAAAUUAAUAUGUUUUAUAUAUGAUUUAAAUACACUUGAAAAUCUUGAUACAUAUUCACGUUAUAUUGGAAAAAAUAUAAAAGAUAUUCUUGAUGUUAUUAUAUAUAAUGAUGAAAAUAUUUUUAUAUGUUUUCAAACAAUUGAUAGAAGAUUAUUUAUGUGGUGUGGAAAAGAAUAUAUUGAAGAAAUAGCUUUUAGUGGUAUUGAACUUGCAGAAAAUAAAUGUAUUAUUGAUCGAUUAGCUUUAAGUCAACAAAUGGAUAUUUUAAUUGCAUAUCGAAAUGUUGAACAAGAUGAUACACGAACUUGUUUUGCAACAAGCAAAUAUUUAAUACCAUACUAUGAAACCUAA